AUGCCUGACACUAGCUUGGAACCAGAAAGGGACAUCAUCCAGGCCAACCAUGCUCUACUCGGCACAGACGUCGGGGAGACCCUGAAGCAAGACAUAUCCGAGCUACAAGAGCACGUCGCAUGCAUCACCAAGCUCUUCAAAAAGGUGAUCGGUCCUCUCGAGCUUUUCGACGACAAAUACUUUCCUUCUUCCCCGGCUCGCCACCUCGUGCCCGAGUGGGAGCGCUUCUCAUCUGUAGCCUACGCCGAGGGGGUCUUGGGCAAAGUUGGGAAGAUCGAUUGCGACGUCCAAGUGCUGGUAGCCGAAAUCAAGAAAUUCAAGAAGACAGUCAAAAGGCACAUAUCUAUUGCCACCUCUACGCGCUCUAACUUCAAAGAACUCGCCAGCGAUAUCAGGAGCUUUGAGCGUAAAGUGGAGCGCACCCUCAAGCAACUCGAUAUACCCAUUUCGGCGGAGAUGGACAACACUUGCAACAACAUUGAGGUGCUGAAGCAGAAGGUCUCCAGGAUGUCCGAUGAGGUCGCAGAUUGCAGCUCAGGCUACCUGAAGAAGAUGGCUUGGCUUGUUCCCGGGGCUACAGAAGCCUUGUGCACGCUGUCACCGAAGUUUGCGAUCCACGCAUUGCGAUCGGUGUUCAUGAUACCCAUCACCGAUGUGGAUGUCGAGACAAGACAGAGGCUGAAAUGUAUGGACCAGCAGCGCAAGCCCAUCUCGAAGAAUGCGCGGCGACGAUUCCGGCCUUACUAA